ACGCGUCAGUCGGGUGGCAACUGUCCGGGGAUGCGCGUCGCUCGUCCGCUCCGGUGAACGCGCGCGAGUGCGGGUGGUUAGUUAUGUCGUGGUGGUAGCGGUGCACUCUCGGAAAGGUGGUAAGAAUCUCGAGCACCUCUCGCUGAACGUCGAGUCAAGGACGAAGGCGGUGAUCCGCGAACAUGUGAUUCUGACAGGAGGAAGACGGAGGAAGUGAAAGGACAAGAUACGCAGCCCCAUUCGCGAGAUCAUUUCGUUUCCGUGUCCGCGCGCAUCUGUCGUCGUCGCCGUUGAAUAUACACGAGUUAGUGGUAGUGGUUGGUGGUGGUGGUGGUGGUGCGUUUGCUCGCUCGCUCGCGUCGCUCCGGACACGCCGGGAUACGGCCGUGGUGGAGUCGUCGCCCCCUGCCUCCCGCCCUCUCUCCCUCGCUCGUCGAGGGGUUGUUAUACCGCCGUGUGCGCGGAGAAGGAUAUAAUGUUCUGAAAUUCGUCGAAACGGCGAGAGCGCAUCAUCAUGGUCGCUAAGCACUUCGCUUCGCAGGGCUCAAGCCCUGAAUGCGGCGUGCCGGAUAUGACAGUUAUCAGCGACAUCGAUGAGACUGGUAUCAAUCGGAAUCUUCAAGUUCGAUAUAGCAGAGACCAGAUAUACACGUACACAGGAUCCAUUCUGGUGGCUGUAAAUCCUUACAAGGAGGUGGACUUCUACACAAAUGAGUACGUGAAUCGAUACCACCAGCAGAAAAUAGGCGCCUUGGAGCCGCAUGUGUUCGCCCUGGCGGAGGCGGCGUACAAGUCUCUUCAGGACACCGAGAGCAACCAGUCCUGCGUGAUAUCGGGCGAGAGCGGAGCCGGCAAGACCGAGACCACCAAGUUCAUCCUGCAGUACCUGUGUUCGGUCACCAGCAACGUCGACACGUGGGUCGAGCAGCAGAUCCUAGAGGCCAAUACCAUCCUCGAGGCAUUCGGAAACGCGAAGACGGUGCGAAACGAUAACAGUUCGCGCUUCGGCAAGUUCAUGCAAGUGUGCUUCGACAACAAAUGGAUGAUCAAGGGAUGCAUCAUUCAGGACUACCUGCUGGAGCAGAGCCGUAUCACUUUUCAGAGCCCGGAGGAACGCAAUUAUCACGUAUUUUAUAAGCUGGUCGAAGCUGGCACGAAAGACAAGGAAUUCGCCGAGCAAUAUAAGCUACGACCGGCCAGUCAUUACAAAUAUCUCAAUCAGUCCGGCUGUAUAAAGAUCGACGGAAUUUCUGAAGCUAAGCAAUUCGACGCUCUCAGGCUCGCCUUCAAUGUACUUCAGGUUGCGCCGGAAAUGUGCGAAGGCAUUUACCGAGUACUAUCGGCCAUUCUGUGGCUCGGAAAUUUAAGUUUCGAGGACGUCGACGGGGAAAGAUGCGAGUUGUCGACGGAGGACACGAAUAUAAUCGACACGGUGGCGCCAUUACUGGGUCUUCAAGUGGAGGAUCUCACCAGGGUGGUACUGAUACGGCAGAUAAAUGUUCGCGGUAAUAUAACGGAGAUCCCGCUGAAAGUGCAGGAAGCGCGGGAGAACAGGCACGCGAUGGCAAAAGCGCUCUACUCGCGCACUUUUGCCUGGCUCAUCAAUCACAUCAACAAUUGCACGAACCCAGGCCAGGAUAGCUCGCGAUUUCUCGGGGUGCUCGACAUCUUUGGCUUCGAGAACUUUACGUUGAACAGCUUCGAACAACUCUGCAUCAAUUACACAAACGAGAAACUGCACAAGUUCUUCAAUCAUUAUGUCUUUGCACUGGAGCAGGAACUCUAUCGCCAAGAGGAGAUUCAUUAUUCCCACAUCACGUUCACGGACAACACAAUGUGCCUGGAAUUGAUCGAAAAGCCUCCACGAUGUGUUCUCAAAUUACUGACCGAGCAAUGCCAUAUGCCGAAGGGCUCGGACCUGGCCUAUCUGACAAAUUUGCAUGCGGAAUUCGAGAACCACUCGUGCUAUGUGAAGGGAGAUGAUCGACGGAAGUGGGAAAAGGAAUUUGGGGUCAAACACUACGCCGGCUGCGUAACGUAUACCGUCGAGGGUUUCGUCGAUAAGAAUCGGGACGUUCAGCAGGACGUGUUUUUCGACUUUAUGUCUAGAAGCACCAAUGAAUUCGUCCAGGAGAUCUCUGUCUAUCAAGAUCUUUUAGGAUGCACUGUUGGACGCGCAACUGGCGGCGCGGCCACGACAAUGUCACGAGGAACGUCGAAAGGCAAGCCGACUCUCUGCGACUCCUUCCGACAUCAGUUGCAAGCCUUAGUAGACGUAUUGCAAGCGACGACGCCGUGGUACGCGCGCUGCAUCAAACCGAAUAUGGAGAAGAUGGCGAACCACUACGACGAGAAGCUUGUCCUGGACCAGCUCAAGUAUCUCGGCAUGCUGGAUAUUAUACGCAUACGAAAAGAGGGCUUUCCGAUACACAUGUCGUUUCACGACUUUGUCGCGAGGUAUCGUUGCCUGGACAAGGGCCGAGCCUCGCUCUCCUCCAAUGAGAAAGAAGCAACCAGAUUCUUGAUCAGCAAGCAAGGUAUACCGCAAACCGAGUGGCAGAUCGGCCGGACGAAAGUGUUUCUGAGAAAUUACGUGCACGAGCCUUUGGAAGACUCUAGAAAUCAGGUGGUAACGAGAAACGCUAUCGUAAUACAGAAGAUUUGGCGUGGCUAUGUCAAACGACGUGAAUACAAGCGUGUAAGAGACGCAGCGCUCAAGGUGCAACACGCGUACCGCGGCUGGAAACUGCGAAUAAUGUUCAUCAGAAAGCGCAGAGCUGCUAUAGUGAUCCAGAGUCACCUGCGAGGUGUCUUCGCGAGGGAGGUUGCUGCUGCGCUGCGUGAAAUGAGACGAGUCGAUGAAGAGAUGAGAAAGAGGGAGCGACUGGAGCAAGAACGAAAAUUGAUGGAGGACAAGAAGGCGUUGGAGGAAAGCCAGAGCACGCAGUACAAUGGUAUUGCCGGGAUGGAAUCUGGGAAAGCGCAGGAAGAAAUUGCCGCCCUGUCGCAGAUGGCCGAGCAAAUGAACUCGAAGAUGGCCGCCUCGGAUUUGCAAUCGGUAGACCUAGACAAUCUAUUCUCCUUCCUGUCCGACGUACAAUCGACCAAGAGCAAUCAGAUUAUCGAUGAGAUAGGGGAGCAGAUGGACGAACUGGUCGAAGAUUUAGACGUGGAAUUAGAAACUGUUAUCCAACAAGAAAUGGAAUUAAAUUCCAAGGCCGCCGCCGAAUCGAAGGUCACUUCUCCUGUCAACGGACAGGAAGUGACGUCUCCGCAGCAACGAUUACCUAGUGCAAAUAGCAUGACCAGCAGCAAACUCGGUCAACCGAGUCUUCCGGAACCCACGGAACCACCUCCACCGCCACCUCCUCCGGCACCACCCUUAGCGGUCAAUGGCGACUCGUCGGAUGACAACAACGAACCGAUCUACGAGUCUGUAUUGCCGCGCGAGGAGAACGAUCCUGACAGUCCAAGCGUCCACAAUGGCGGUCACAGUCCUGGUCAAAUAGUCAACGGUGAAGCGUGCGGAUCUUUGCCGUCGAGUAAUAAAAUGUCUAAGGAAGUUGCCAGUAGUCCGCCAUCUAGGCCAGAGUCGAGAAGUUCCUCUGGUCAUCAUCAUUCGCAUCAUCAUCAUCAUCACCAUCAUCAGACGAUGAUACCCCAGGCGCAGCAAAACGGUCAUGAUCAGCCGCAGUCGCAGCCGCAAGCGUCGCAACAGUUGCCGGUCGAGCGUGAGCAGCGUCGCAAGUGCCGCGUGGAACGCAAAUUACAGGAACUCGAGGACAAGAAGGAACAGGAGAACGAGACUACUUAUCACGAUAUCGUCGAGUUUGCGCAAAAUUAUUUCAACAGUCACGAACGUUCACCGGAAGGCACCAUAAUGGCUACGCUGACGAGAAAAUCACGCGGCAAGAGCAUCGAAUUCAUUCCGAAAUACGAAAUGGUCACGUACUACAAGGGAUCCAGCAUUCCGAAUUCGCAUAUUCAUAUGUAUGAUCCCGAUAACGUGAACGUUGCGUGUUCUGUAUUCAGGGACUUGUGCAAGUACAUACGCGGCGAAAUGAAACUGGACCAGGAGAUAGCCACGAUUCAGAGUAUCAUCGCUUACGGGAUCGAGCGGGAAGAAUUACGAGACGAAAUUUACGUGCAAAGCAUACGUCAGGCGACCAACAAUCCCAAUUCUGAGUGGGCAGAACGCGUAUGGUUGUUAUUAUGCUUGGCGAUCGUCUCCUUUCAACCGAGCAAACUUCUCUACAAGUACUUUGUCUCAUUUCUGAAGAAGAAUCUCGCCCUCGAGGGCAAACUGAGACAGUAUGUGCAAUGGUGUGUGGACAAUUGCAAGAAUACUAAGGUUUCUUGUAGACAGCAUCCACCGUCCACCGUAGAAAUUGCAGCUAUGAGACGAUUGGGCACCAUAGUCUGCCGAUUCUUCUUUCUGGACGGAAGAACGAAAGCGAUCGACGUACAUCCGACCGACACAGCUGCCGAUGCUGUCGCCAAGCUUGGAGAAAAAUUGGGUCUUCGCUCGCUGGAAGGUUGGGCCAUUUAUCAGAGCAGACCGGACGGGGAGGAGCACGUACGGGCUCACGAUUAUCUGUACGACGUGAUCGCCGCAUGGGAGAUGAAACAAUGCAAAUUAAAUACCGCACAAUCGACGUUCUCGACGUUGCGACGCGGUAAUAAUCCUACUUUAGGUAGCGGUGACAAUCGCUUCGUCUUCAAACGAAGAUUAUUCCGUAAUCCGAGAGAAAUCUCGCAGGAUCCCGUGGAAGUUAAUAUGCUGUACGCGCAAGCGGUCUAUAAUGUUGUAAAGUGCGACGAUUUUCCGGUGUCCGAGAAAGUGGCGCUGCAAUUGGCGGGAUUGCAGGCACAAGUAUCCCUUGGUGAUCCCAAGGACAACGACAGAUUGGAUUACUACAGCGAGGUGGACAGUUUUCUACCCUACAGAAUCAGUCGCGCCCGCGGCGACGACGUUUGGGUGCCGAUUAUAGCGCAAGCGCACCGACAAUACGGCGCCGGACGCAAGGAACUGGCGGCCAAAGUUUUGUAUCUAUCCUGCGUGAUGCAGUAUCCCCUCUACGGCACGACAAUGUUCAAUGUUACUUAUCGAGGAUAUUGGUCUUACGGCAACCAAUUGAUUCUUGGUAUCAAUUGCGACGGUCUCAUGCUAAUCAAGCCGGACGACAAGUUUGUCCUGUCCGAGUAUCGUUAUCAAGAUGUCGAGAGCAUCAUGCUGGAUCCCAGCGACUCGUUCAUUACGCUUUCGCUGUUGCGACAUAAUCCUGAUAGUUCGCACAAAUGUUUCGUAUUCGAAACCCUGCAGAAAAACGAGAUUGGCAGUCUGAUAGUCAGUUACUGUUCAGCGCUGGCGGGUUGGAUUACGGAAAAUGAAGUGCCCACGAAAAAGCUCAAGUGCAUCACUAACGAGGAUCGCAUAAGGCUCUACCACAAUCUGGUUAAUUGUCGGCGAACGCUAGUCGAUUCGGAAAUCCUCAGGAAACCGCAAGAUUCCGGCGGUGGUUUUCUCAGGAACACUCGCAGAUUAUCUAAGCAUCGAAUAGAAAAACUCAGGCAAGAACACGGAAGCGCUGAUCACGGAAGCGAGACCUAUAAAGGCUUCCCGUACGCUUAUUGGGCAUUCAGUAGGCAGCAGGUACCGCAAAGUCUGUCGAAACUACCAGAUCCCGACGAGCAGAUCUCAUUAACUAUCUUCCAAUUGAUUCUGACGUAUGCGGGACUCGGCCAGAAUGGUGACACGGUGCGUAGAGUCGAAGACGAGCACGUGAAUCUCAUACAGACCGUCAUGGAACGUUGCAUACGAAAGGAAAACUUGCUGGGCGAACUAUAUCUACAAUUGAUCAAACAAACGACCGAUCAUCCGGAUCCGAACAAUCGCGUUAAUCUGCGACACUGGGCGUUGCUCUCGCUCGCGUGUUCCGUGAUCCUUCCGCCUCAGAAAGUUAUACGUAAAUACUUGAUCGCGCACCUGAAGCGAUGCGCCAGCGAUUACGUCACCGAAGAGGGCAAGUACGCGAGAUUCGCGGAAAAGUGCCUUUACAAGACUCAGGGCACUCGAAGACGACAAUGGCCGCCGAGUCGCGAGGAGAUCAUGUGCACCAUCAAUCGCCGACCUAUCUACGCAAGAUUCCACUUUAUGGACGGCCAGUAUCACGCCGUCGAGUUUCAUCCGUCUGCGACUGCCAGGGAUGUCAUGGAGAUUAUCAAGACUAAGAUAGGGCUCGAGGAAACUGCUUUGGGCUACGCAAUUUACGAAGUAUUGGGACCGACCGAACGAUCGCUGAUCCCCGAAGAGAAGAUAGCCGACGUCAUGUCCAAGUGGGAACGAUACAGAACAUCACAGCAGACUCAACAGGGCUCACAACGGAAGCACGUACAUCACUUCUUCCUGUUCAAGAAGCACUUGUUCCUAGACCAAUACAUGAACCUGGAUGAUCCUGUGGAAAAGGAGCUAUUGUAUCAUCAAGUGCUGCACGAUUUGCGCGCCGAUCGGUUUCCCAUCACUGAGAAAGAAGCUAUGAUGCUGUCGGCUUUGCAAGCGCAACUGGAAAUGGGCGACUGCCAGGAUAACAUAUCGGAGCAAGACUAUCGAUCGAUAUCGAGUCACUGCCUACCGUCAAGACUGGUACCAUGUUUAUGCGUGGACGGUGUACGCCAGCACCAUCAGUCCUUGAGGGGAAUGACGCCGCCCGAAACGAAGAAAGCUUUCCUGAAUCUGAUCCAAUCGUGGCCGUUGCAUCGAGCAACGAUCUUCGAUGUAAUGCAAUCGUUCACCUCAAAUUGGCCUCGCGUACUCUGGCUGGCUGUUGAUCAGCAAGGUCUUCAUCUUCUGGAACAUCGUUCUAGAAACGCACUGUGUACCUACGAAUAUAGCAGUAUUCUAAGUUAUACGCCUGCCGUUAAUUGUCUGAUGAUCAUUACCGGCACGGAUAAGAAGCAGAGCAAGGUCAUUCUCACCACAUCACAGGCUCAUCAAAUAGCGAAUCUGAUUCGAGAAUACAUGGAGGUACUUCAGUCGCCGCCGGAAAUACCAACGAGACGAGACCCGGCGAUGGCCGCUCAACAAUUCGCUGCUCAGCAGCAGCAGCAGCAGCAACAGCAUCAGCAACCGCCCGCAACACUGCCGAAUUCUACGACCGGUGGACGAAAUAAGUCCCGACCCGCUUCGAUGUUACACAGAGGUGCUCCGAUAAUACAAUCGCAAGCUAGUUAGAAUGGUUAUAGAUAAAUCUCUUUCGUAGGAAUAAUAUAUAUUUAAAAAACAUAGUUUCCCUUCAACCUGGUACCUAAAUCGAAUUUUCGUCGUCGAACACGUCGCACGUUCCAUAAUUAUAAAGUGCCAUAAACUCGAGAUACAUACACAGCGGUAUUAUCUAUUUUAUCAAAGAAUACGCAUAACUCUAUAUUAUAUAUAUAUAUAUAUAUAUACAUAUUAUAUUGUAUAAUUUUAAUUUCCGUACACGCCGCUCCAUCUCGUUCCGCGAUAAAACGCUCCUUGUAUGCGUAACUAUAUCAUAGCAAUAUAAUCCUUUGAGAGAUUAAAACACGUAGAAUGACGUUUAGUAUCAGGUUGUGGCGAAAAGAGAACGAUUUGCAUUUAACACUCAUCGUGCGUCUAAUGUUAAUAUUAUGUAAUGGUUCGAUUGUUCGAUAUCCUAUCGGACAUCAGACCUAAACAAGCUAACAUCUGAGAAGCGUAUUCCACAGAUAUCGAAAAGACAUCUCUCAUCAAUCUUUCAAACGUUCUUUGGAGGAGCUUUUAAAUGUCAUCUUGAAAAAGUACCGAUUUAACGUUAGAUGCCACGACGAUGAUUAGGUACAAUAGAAAUAUUGAUCCGGGGCUUUAAAUUGAUGAUGCUUUUCUCGGUCGGGCCUAUCGAGAAGCGAGUACAUAUAUGUACACUGUAAAAAAAAUAUGUAAAAUUA